CACAAACUAUGGAAGCCAUAAAAAGAACAGACAGGAUAGAAUGAAUAAUAAGUUUAAAAACAAAAAGACAGAAUAACCAGGGAAAUGAUGCAGAAUAGAACGAAGAACAACAGGCUAAACACGAAACAAACCCAAACAGCAACAUAAAAGGAUCUCUAAUGCUAACCAGACUGGAACUGAUAGGACAUUCUGGAAUAAAGAUAAUGUAAUAGUUAAAACCAUGGACAUUUGUUUUUUUACCUGGAUUCUACUAUAUGAAGUGAGAUCUGUGGCAUCAACUGUUAGAGUGACUGGUCAGGUUGGAGGAUUUGUGAUGAUCUCAUGUUCUCAUAAGAUAGCUGAUGACAACAAAAAGUAUUUCUGCAGGAAACCAUGUAAAACAGAUAAGGACAUUUUGAUUAAAUCUGAUCAGUCAUCUACUACAAAAUACAAGCUAAAGGAUUUAGGUGAUGGACGUUUUACUGUGAACAUCACUGAACUCCAGAAGACAGACAGUGGGACAUAUUGGUGUGGAGUGGAGCGAUGGUUUAAGGACACAUACAUUGAAGUGCUUCUCACAGUUACAGAAGCCCCCUCCCCCUCUACACACAAAACUACAAGAACUGUUCUACAAACAGAAACCUCAUCUGAAAUCUCCACCUCCACAACUACCACCAUCUCUCCCUUCACAAUUGAAAUUGGGUUUUCUACUUGUCGUUUGGCCAGCAUCUCUCUGACAUCCACAGUUUUGCCUCAUCACAGUAUCCUUCUGUGUAUUGCUGCUGGUCUGGUUGGCACAGUGAUCAUAUUUGGCAUCAUGGCAUUUCUGCACAAUACAAGAGGAGACACGAGGAAGCAAAAUCCACCAGGAUAUGAAUAUUCCACCAUCUCUUCCACUAGUGGCCUGGAUGAAGAAAGUCUGUACUCACACAUCUAUUUUACAGCCAUUUCCCACCCACACAGCUUCAACCAAGAGACUCACACCACCACACCCAAAGCCACCAACCCCUCCUCUUAUGCUGCUAUCACCUGCUGUAUAGACGGCCUGCUGUAUCCUGGACUGGAGGAGCAAACAUUGAUCACACGUGUGCUGUACAGAUUAGAAAGCUGUUGAUUCAUCCAUCAUGUUAGCGGCCAACUUGCAGCAGCACACUGACCUCUGAUGACAUGCUGUGUUUCUCAGGCACUCUCUUAUGCUUGUGUACAUUGCAGUUGCCUUAUGCUAGUUGUGUGUAUACAAAUAUAUGCUCCCAGACCAAUAUGCUGACAGCAGUUGUAAAUCAACUCUGUGGGAGUGAAAUUCAACAUUACGUUGGUCUUUACAUUGUCUCUAAAGAGUUAGUUCAUUUAAAUUUUAUUUUGUAAUAAAAAUAAAAAUAAGUUUCAUUUCCGGCCCAAACCACUAGUGCUGAGCUGUUAGUUCCUCCUUAGAAUUCACUCUGAUUGCUUCUUUAGAGGCAGUUACACUGAAGCAUGGAUAACAUUAAACUAGACAGAAUCUGAUAGAACUACAACAAAAACUCCUGGGAUUAACUUGACUUUAAACAUAGUUCUGCACAUCAGAAUAAUGUACUUUUGUAUGGUAUUGAUUCUUCUUUCUGGUAAGUCCUGACGUUAAGAAUAAAAAAGGAUGGAAUUUGACAG